AUGGGCAAGAAGAGCUACCAGAACUAUGGGAAGACUUUCAGAAAGCCGAAGAGACCCUUCGAGAAGGAGCGUCUCGAUGGCGAGAUGAAAAUCAUUGGCGAGUAUGGCCUUAAGAACAAGCGUGAGGUGUGGCGCGUGCAAUAUGCCCUGGCCAAGAUCCGCACGGCUGCGCGCACUCUGCUAACGCAGGAGGAGCGGAGCGAGACCAGGAUUUUCCAGGGAGAGGCCCUCCUGAGGCGAAUGGUUCGCCUGGGCUUGCUCCUGGAAUCCGAGAAGAAGCUCGACUUCGUGCUGGGCCUGACCACGGCCAAGAUCAUGGAGAGGCGUCUGCAGACCAAGGUCUUCAAGCUUGGCCUCGCCAAGUCCAUCCACCACGCCCGCACUUUGAUCCGCCAACGCCACAUCCGUGUGGGGAAGCAGAUCUGCGACAUUCCCUCCUUCCUGGUGCGCCUCGACAGCGAGAAGCACAUCGACUUUGCCCUGACCUCUCCUUUCGGAGGCGGCCGCCCGGGGCGCGUGCGCCGCAAGAUGAUGGCAUCCAAGGGUGCUGGCGGUGGUGGCGACGACGAGGAGGACUGA